GGUAUUUAAAGAGUCCGUCCUCACAGCGGAGGGAGCCCACUGCCUACCGUCCGAGCCGGGACCGUGCGUGCGUGUGUGUGUGUGUAUCAGUGUGUGUGUGUGCCGGGCUGCAGCUGAACCACUCAGCCGUCCGGGGGUUUGAGGUGGGCGGAGACUGAGAGCCCGAGGUCCUCCCGUCCGCAGCGACGCACCGUGCAUUUCGGACUCGGCACCCGCACCCGUCCGAGGAGGGGAGACAUCAUGGCAACCACUACUUGUACACGUUUUACAGAUGAAUACCAGCUGUACGAGGAGCUUGGCAAGGGGGCCUUUUCAGUGGUGCGCCGCUGUGUCAAACUCUGCACAGGCCAAGAGUAUGCCGCCAAAAUCAUCAACACCAAAAAGCUCUCGGCCAGAGACCAUCAGAAACUGGAGAGAGAAGCCAGGAUCUGCAGAUUGCUCAAGCACUCCAACAUCGUUCGUCUCCAUGACAGUAUCUCAGAGGAAGGCUUCCACUAUCUCCUCUUUGACCUGGUGACAGGAGGGGAGUUGUUCGAGGACAUUGUGGCGAGAGAGUACUACAGUGAAGCAGAUGCCAGUCACUGUAUCCAUCAGAUUCUAGACAGUGUGUCUUACACCCACCAACAUGACAUAGUGCACAGGGACCUCAAGCCGGAGAACCUGCUGUUGGCAAGCAAGUGCAAGAACGCAGCAGUGAAGCUGGCCGACUUUGGACUCGCUAUUGAGGUUCAAGGAGACCAACAGGCUUGGUUUGGCUUUGCAGGGACUCCCGGCUACUUGUCCCCAGAGGUGCUGAGGAAGGAGGCGUAUGGUAAACCUGUAGACAUCUGGGCAUGUGGUGUGAUCCUCUACAUCCUUUUGGUUGGAUACCCUCCGUUCUGGGACGAGGACCAGCACAAACUCUACCAGCAGAUCAAAGCUGGAGCGUACGAUUUUCCCUCCCCAGAGUGGGACACGGUGACUCCGGAGGCUAAAAAUCUGAUCAACCAGAUGCUGACCAUCAACCCAGCCAAGAGAAUUACUGCCCAGGAGGCUCUGAAGCACCCAUGGGUCUGCCAACGCUCAACAGUGGCCUCUAUGAUGCACAGACAGGAGACAGUCGAGUGCCUGAAGAAGUUUAAUGCCAGGAGGAAACUCAAGGGUGCCAUUCUGACCACCAUGCUCGUCUCCAGGAACUUCUCUGUGGGCCGGCAGACUACAGCGCCCGCCUCCGUCAGCGCCGUGGCUGGAACCACCGCCGGCAUUGUGGAGCAAGCAGCCAAGAGUCUCCUCAACAAGAAGGCUGAUGUCAAGCCCCAGACAAACAGCACGAGAAACAGCAUAGUCACCAGUCCCAAAGGCAACAUCCCCUCUGCUGCACUGGAGCCUCAGACUACUGUUAUCCAUAAUCCAAUAGAUGGGACCAAGGAAUCAUCUGACAGCAGCAACACCACUAUUGAGGAUGAAGACGUGAAAGCUCGCAAACAGGAGAUCAUAAAGAUCACGGAGCAGCUCAUUGAAGCUGUCAACAAUGGAGACUUUGAGGCGUACGCGAAGAUCUGCGACCCUGGUCUGACCUCGUUCGAGCCGGAGGGGCUGGGUAAUCUGGUGGAGGGAAUGGACUUCCACAGAUUUUACUUUGACAAUCUCCUCUCCAAGAACAGCAAACCCAUCCACACCACCAUCCUCAACCCUCACGUGCACAUGAUCGGGGAUGACGCCGCCUGCAUCGCCUACAUCCGCCUGACGCAGUUCGUCGACGGGCAGGGCCACCCCCGCUCCAGCCAAUCAGAGGAGACCAGAGUAUGGCACCGCAGGGACAGCCGGUGGCAAAACGUCCACUUCCACUGCUCAGGAGCUCCUGCUGCCCCGCUGCAGGGAUGAGGUGCAUGAGACAGAUGAAGAGGUCAAGAGGAGCAGAGAAGGAAUAAGUGGAUAAUUAGAGAGCGAAUUAGCCCUGAGAGAGAGGUGCAGGUGGAUGGAGGGUGUCUUAAGGGAGUCUGAAGAGUCUGAUUUCGGGAUCGUGGUCGUCGUCCUGCACCCUGCACGCCCACCUUGCCCUUCUCUCUCUGUUUUUCCACAACAGACAGUGACACCGACGCUCCCAUCAUUAGGCCUACAGUACAGCAGAGGGCGUAUCAGCCAAAAAAAAAGGAAACUCUUUAGCCUGCGCCUUGUCAACGCUGCAGCCGCCCAACAUACCUGGACGACGCCUGUCCUCCUCUCCUUCACUCUGUGCUGCAAAAGAUUUCCCCUUUUACUUCUUGUAAAACAUUAUUGUUACUUACCUUCUCGUAUUAUUAUGGCUGCAGUCUAUUGUUGUGCUCUUUCAACUGUACAGUAUAUUUAUUAGUCAUUUUGAACCUUCCAUUCUGGUAUCUUCUUCUUCUUCUUCUUUUUUAAUGACGAGCAUGACUCCUCCCUGUGUUCUUAUUACCAGUGGCUGUUUUUCUGCACGACUAUGGCUGCCUGUGUGAAAUGAACAAACAGUACCACGUGUCUCGCAGAGAGAGAGACACCAGUGGGUGUAUUUAAUGACCUGUUUUGUUAUUCAAUGCAGCUUUUUAUCCACGUUCCCUCCCCCCUCUUUCUCUGGAGUGUAGUUGAACCCUGAGCCGACGCCUCUGUGUGUUGACCGGACCCCCUCUGAGCCGCUCUGUGGGACAGUGACAACCAUGCAGCAUGCUAACAUAUUACCGUCGUUCUUAAUUGAUUCUCUAUGUACUGAACUUUGCAAGCUAACUACUGAAAUUAUGACAAUGGUUGAAACGAUAGUAUCACGCUGUUUAUGUAAAUUUGCAGUUUCAUCGUGGUGACUUGACUACAAUUAUGCUGUAGAUGGUAUUUAAUUGCAUGAUAUUCCGAGUUAAUAACAUUGGUAAGUUGGGUGUUAUCGUGCAUUUUGUUGAUUUUUCUCUUUCUGGACUGAGCUGCUGGUGAGCUAUAAUCUAUUGCCUCUAUUUUCUGGGCUUUGUAAGUGCAUAAACUAUUUUUGUGUUCAUAUGAUAGUGUAGUAAACGAGGAUACUGGCGAGGAUCACGACAGAAUAUGCCUUUUGGAGAAAUUGCUGGAUCCAGAUCAGUUUUAAAACGGCUCUUUAAUGUAUAGCAAAGAUUAAAAAGAUCAAAAUUAUUUACUUUUAUUUUUUAGAGCAGAUGACACUGAAGAAAAUGUCACAACUCAGAUUACACGUUAGGGUCUUAAUUUAGAUUAUCUCUGCUUUUUACUUCGCACUGCACAGUUUUAAAAUGUAUUAUAAAUAGCUAAAUGAUGCAUUGGUAUCAGGGACUGAAUCACGAGUCAUAAUUUGACCGGACCCCCAAAAUAAAGUCUCAGCAUAGUUUCCAAUUAUUUGCAUUUCCGUUGAUGGCUCCAUUAUAUCAGGGGUGGCCAAACUUUUUAGAUUUUGGGCCAUACACCAAAAUGUACACAUCAUGAGCCAAACAACAGUCGAUGCAUCGGUGUUUCUAGACCCUGAAAAGCCAUUGAAAAUUAAUUUUCUAGUGUAUUGGUGUGCCCUCAUAUUGCAAAAAAUGUAUCUCUAUUUUCUGUCUUUUCAAGUCCGCCACCAUGUUUACUAAGGCAAAUUAUUUUAUUGACUCUUAAUCAAUCAUUGUAGGUGAAGUAGCGAUAUCUAGUGAUCAAAUUAAGUUCAGUGUCAGGAUGUGCUAGUAGUUUUUCAAGCAAAAUUGUGUUUGUUAUUCGGAGUAUUCUCAAGCCAUGCUUGAGUUUAUUUUAAAAAAUGAAUCGCCGACUAUUUAAAAACACACAGCAGGCCGCAGUUGGCCCGUGGGCUGUAGUUUGGCCACCCCUGCGUUACUUCAUUCCAGCGAAGAGGUCUCAAAAAACAGCAGGAAACCAGCCUUUUUUCACCAGCUUGUGCUGUGACAAUGCACCAACCUGCCCUCUAGAGGGCACCAACAUCUAACAACAGUGACUUACAGCAUGUCUGAGUCAAGUGCAAGGUUCAAAAUACAAAUCUAUUCAGAGUACAGCAUUGAGGUGCAUGUUUUUGACUCCUGAAUCUUAUGAGCAGAGUGAAAGAAAGACAAACUUAUACAGACAGUCGUCCCAGGACUUGAGGGACUUUAUUACAAAGUGCAUUUACAGUGUUUUACGGCUGCUUUGGCUCAAUUUUUCAAUGUGCAAAACUAUUACAGCGAUCGAAAUUGGGCACAUAAGAGUACAGAGAAUGAAAUAUGAGAAAUUACCCGACAAUGCAAUCAGACAGAAACAGUUUAAUAGAAAGAUAAAACAUAACAGCUUAAGGCUAACGUUAGUAAAAGCUUUUUUUUUUUUUUGUAUAUUUU